CAUCAAUCUUCACGCGACAAAUAACCUACCUCAUCAACAAAAUGAAGCUGAUUCUUCUAAGUCUUCUGCCUUCGGCGUCCGCCUAUCUGUGGUUCACCAACGACGGAUGGUCCAAGCCUGCCGAUUUUAAUAGCAAGGCAUGCGAGAAUAACCCGAACGUGUGGUACUUUUGCGGUUUUUCAGCUGGGACGAAAGGUCAAAACACGUUUCCUAAUGCCUUCCCUCGCGGACGCAAUGAUUGUACCCUAGCAGACACUCUAGGCAGAGGAUGUGACUGGAAAGGAGCACGUGGGAUGGUUCUUUGCUGUACCUAGCGGACACAUUAGGUAAAGAAUGUGACUAGGAGGAAGCAAUUGGGAGUGUAAGUUAACGUCGACUAAUACUUUACUACGAUUACAACCUGAUAAUACUUGCACACGUUCUUUGCUUUUAAUGUAAACCAAGCAGAGAUAAUUUGCAAGUAGUAAAAGAAAAACUACUUAGUCCCUAAACGUUCUAAUAGAAGACUUUGGAGAAAAUACUGCCUGCGCGUAGCAUAGUUAGGCCUCUUACCGCAAUUAUGAUUAGUAGCUUGACAAUAUUUCAUACUGUAGAUCGACUUCGUACUACAAAACACUUACCGUGCCCGUGCACGGAACGCGCGGAUUUACAGAAUACGUGUAAUGGGCCCUACUAGUCUAAGCAAAUGGAAGGCUGUUGAGCGACCCACAAUACAUGAAUGGAUAUAAUUAUAUAACGUACCUCACAAGCGAG